CCCCCCAGUCACUUCCUUCCACUUUCCCCAUUUCUGCUGCCUUACACGAGCCCCUCCAGGCUGCCACGUCCUACAUGUACACUGCCCUUCUCCCACUGCAUAGCUCAGGCUCACCACCAAUAUUCUGUUACUACCACAUCUUAUCCGCAGAAUGGCUUCUUCGGCCACCAGACCCAGCGUCGUCCCGCCCAAGGAUUUGGAGAGUUUCCAGACACACUUGAAUCAGUCAACACGGAUAUUGGCCUUACUUGGGGCUGGUUUAUCUGCCUCCUCAGGGCUACCUACAUUCAGAGGAGCUGGAGGAUUAUGGAGGACACACGAUGCCACUUCAUUGGCAACGCCGCAGGCCUUUGAGAGAGACCCGGGGCUUGUGUGGCAGUUCUACAGCUAUCGCAGGCACAUGGCGCUGAAGGCAAAGCCAAACCCUGCGCAUUAUGCUCUAGCAGAACUGGCGCGGAAGAAAGAAGACUUCGUAACGUUGACCCAGAACGUCGAUGGCCUCUCUCCACGCGCCCUACACCCUGCCUCCCAACUCAAACUCAUCCACGGCUCCCUCUUUGACGUCAAAUGUUCAGACUUCUUCUGCACCUACGUCGAGAAGGACAACUAUACCGACCCUAUUGUACCCGCCCUUGCCAUUCCUACCGACGAAUCUGACCCAACUACUACCUCUGCCCUCGCCGCACGCGGACCCCAACCCCACGAGCUCGACAUCUCCGACGAGAACGUCGCCCUCCCGGAGCUCGACUAUAACCACCUCCCCAAAUGCCCAGAGUGCAAGCGCGGCUUGCUCCGUCCUGGGGUUGUAUGGUUUGGCGAACAGCUACCAUAUGGUAUAAUAAAUGAUAUAGAAGAGUAUCUGGGGAAAAGGCAGAAGAUUGACUUGAUCAUGGUGAUCGGGACGAGCGCGAAGGUGUUCCCUGCGGCUGGGUACGUAGAUAUAGCGCGUGCGCGUGGUGCGAAGGUUGCUAUCAUCAAUAUGGAUCCGAAUGACAUACCCGCUGGCGGGCUUUACGACGGGGACUGGUUCUUUCAGGGAGACGCUGCGCAAAUUGUACCGGAGAUUCUGAAGAGUGUGAUUGGGGAUAUCAACAUUGAGGAGAUGCCUGAUGCCGCCGAAGGUUCCUGAGCUAAACCUGUCGCCUGGAAAAAGCUAGAGGAGAUGAAAGUCAAAAGAAGACGGCGCUGAUGCAGAGAAUGGUACGGUACGUCUUGCCGGCAAGGACGUACCAAGGAUUAUACGGUAUUAAGAAAGAUAAAUCCAAUUCAUAGUAUUCGGUCCUUUCUUUCACUUCAGGGACGCUUGAUCCAUCGUUAGCGUCACCCUAGCAUCGACCUCACAUUUGAGCAACACACACUAAAUCCAAGUGCCCAUUGUUAUCAAUUCACUAUCGAU